AGGGCGGAGGUGAAAGUUCCUUUGCUUCUGGCUCACGCUCUUUCCCUUGCUUACUCCCCGGCUGGUUUAGGAACCGAAGGCACCUGAUGUUUUUUUUAAAUUUUUUUUUCUGUUCACAAAGGUUUAUUAACUGAACGCUAAAAAUAAACAGUAUAUCUGCGCCUUUGUUAAAAACAGCAACAUGACGGCGAACGAGGAUCAAGAGAUGGAACUAGAAGCUCUCCGGUCCAUUUAUGAAGGAGAUGACUGUUUCAAGGAGCUCAGUGCAGUUUCUUUUCAGUAUAGGAUAGGAGAUCAUGAUGACCCAAAAGCAUUCAUGCUGGAUAUUUCUUGGCCUGAAACAUAUCCAGAAACACCACCUAAAAUAUCCUUAGAUGCAUUUUUCAAUAAUAGAAUCUCUUCAGAGCAAAAGAAAUCGGUAAUGGCCAAAUUAGAAGAGCAAGUAGAAGCAAAUCUUGGAACUGCCAUGAUGUACACACUUUUUGAAUGGGCAAAAGAUAAUCAUUGCUGCCUUAUGGCGGAUCAUCAGCCUGUAAGUAAUGCAUUGACAUUGGCAACAACCAAUGAAGAUGCUGUACCUGCAAAUAUGAUUACUUCAAGUAAGAAAAAAGAUAAAAAAGAGCAUUUGACAAAAGCUCAAAAAAGAAAGCUUGCAGGAAAAACAGAUAACAAAGGAGAGCUUCCUCGUGGCUGGAACUGGGUAGAUGUAAUUAAGGUAAGUCUAUAACUUUUUUCAACAGAUUUUUUUUUUCUUCAUGAUUUAACAGUUUCUUAACUUGUGUUUUUUAUUCUUCUUUUCCUUAUAUUCCUGACAUAUGAAAAUGGCUGUUAGCAUCUAAGCAAAACAGGUGGGAAAGAUGAUGACUAGAAGAUUGUGAGGGUGAAGUGGAUUUCUUCUGAUUUUAAAGUAAAGUGCAAUGAUAAUGCAGGACCUGACCUCAGACCUUUUUGACACGAUGCUGCUGGACUAUAGCCUGGAGUUACUCUGUGAAUAUUAAGGAAUAGAAUGAAGCAGAAAAUUAUUAAUUAAAAACUGCAUUUCUGGGACACUUUAAUAUUUAUACAUUUCUUAAUAGUGAAAAGAUGUGUUAAGGAGAGCAACAACCUUCUGUCACAUUAAAAUAUAAAAUCCACUAUAGUGGGUUUUUAAAUAGUAGGUUUUUGCUUUUUGUACAAUAGUACCAAUAAUGUACCUACGUACUGAUCAGCUUUUUUUUUUUUUUUUUUUUUUUAAAUAUUGGUGAUUACUAAAAAAUCCAUUCAUUGGUUUACUUUGCAGGUACAGACAUCUCUACAAAUUAAAACCCUGGUCAGAAUAAAGAGAGACUUUCCAUAUACUGUAUUUCUUGUAUCAUGUUUAUUAAAUAUUUUGCAGAUUUUUGUCAGUCAUGGCGUGUGUUUAUGAGAUACGUGUGCAAUGGUGUUCUCUGCAGAAAUCAAAAGAAAAAUGCAAAUCUUAAGGGAAAUUUAAAUAAUUAAUUCUGUAUAAUGCAAAUACAGUUAGGUCCAUAAAUAUUUGGACAGAGACAACUUUUUUUCUAAUUUUGGUUCUGUACAUUACCACAAUGAAUUUUAAAUGAAACAACUCAGAUGCAGUUGAACUGCAGACUUUCAGCUUUAAUUCAGUGGGGUGAACAAAACGAUUGCAUAAAAUGUGAGGUAACUAAAGCAUUUUGUUAACACAAUCCCUUCAUUUCAGGGGCUCAAAAGUAAUUGGACAAUUGACUCAAAGGCUAUUUCAUGGGCAGGUGUGGGCAAGUCCGUCGUUAUGUCAUUAUCAAUUAAGCAGAUAAAAGGCCUGGAGUUGAUUUGAGGUGUGGUGCUUGCAUGUGGAAGAUUUUGCUGUGAACAGACAACAUGCGGUCAAAGGAGCUCUCCAUGCAGGUGAAAGAAGCCAUCCUUAAGCUGUGAAAACAGAAAAAACCCAUCUGAGAAAUUGCUACAAUAUUACGAGUGGCAAAAUCUACAGUUUGGUACAUCCUGAGAAAGAAAGCAAGCACUGGUGAACUCAGCAACGCAAAAAGACCUGGACGUCCACAGAAGACAACAGUGGUGGAUAAUCGCAGAAUCAUUUCCAUGGUGAAGAGAAACCCCUUCACAACAGCCAACCAAGUGAACAACACUCUCCGGGGGUAGGCAUAUCGAUAUCCAAGUCUACCAUAAAGAGAAGACUGCAUGAAAGUAAAUACAGAGGGUGCACUGCAAGGUACAAGCCACUCAUAAGCCUCAAGAAUAGAAAGGCUAGAUUGGACUUUGCUAAAGAACAUCUAAAAAAGCCAGCACAGUUCUGGAAAAACAUUCUUUGGACAGAUGAAACCAAGAUCAACCUCUACCAGAAUGAUGGCAAGAAAAAAGUAUGGCGAAGGCAUGGAACAGCUCAUUAUCCAAAGCAUACCACAUCAUCUGUAAAACACAGUGGAGGCAGUGUGAUGGCUUGGGCAUGCAUGGCUGCCAGUGGCACUGGGACACUAGUGUUUACUGAUGAUGUGACACAGGACAAAAGCAGCCGAAUGAAUUCUGGGAUGUUCAGAGAAAUACUGUCUGCUCAAAUCCAGCUAAAUGCAGACAAAUUGAUUGGGCGCGUUUCAUGGUACAGAUGGACAAUGACCCAAAACAUACAGCCAAAGCAACCCAGGAGUUUAUUAAAGCAAAGAAGUGGAAAAUUCUUGAAUGGCCAAGUCAGUCACCUGAUCUUAACCCAAUUGAGCAUGCAUUUCACUUGUUGAAGACUAAACUUCAGACAGAAAGGCCCACAAACAAACAGCAACUGAAAGCCGCUGCAGUAAAGGCCUGGAAGAGCAUUAAAAAGGAGGAAACCCAGCAUCUGGUGAUGUCCAUGAGUUCAAGACUUCAGGCUGUCAUUGCCAGCAAAGAGUUUUCAACCAAGUAUUAGAAAUGAACAUUUUAUUUCCAGUUAUUUAAUUUGUCCAAUUACUUUUGAGCCUGUGAAAUGAAGGGACUGUGUUAAAAAAAUGCUUUAGUUGCCUCACAUUUUUAUGCAAUCGUUUUGUUCACCCCACUGAAUUAAAGCUGAAAGUCUGCACUUCAACUGCAUCAAAGUUGUUUCAUUUAAAAUUCAUUGUGGUAAUGUACGGAACCAAAAUUAGAAAAAAAGUUGUCUCUGUCCAAAUAUUUAUGGACCUAACUGUAUAUACAUUUUCACUGACAUAAUUCAUAGAUCUUUUACAUUACAUUGAGUUAAUGUUACAUCAUAGAUUUGAAAAUUAAAAGCUUUAACAUUCCUAACUUAAGUCCCCCUGACCACAUUUAUUAAAUUAUGUCCACUAUUUAUACAUUUUCAGUACUGCCUUUCACUUUUUCUUAUCAUUUUGUCAUUUCUGUCCUCUUGAAUUGUUAUGAAGAAAAAAUUAACAUAAUCCUUUUUAAUGGCAAAAAGUUUCUACAGUGGUCAAGUGCAUCUGGUAUCAGACAAUAUAGCAUUAACAGAAUUUUUUGAGCAUUUCUUGGAUUUUCAUAUAAAACUCAAAUAUUAACAUUAUUUGUCUCAAACUGCACACAAAAAUGUCUGUAAAAGAAUCAUGCCAUCAAUGGUAUCUUUUUAAAGUUGUAUUGCAUACUCCACAAAAUUAUUAAAAAAUAAAUAUUUAUCGGUUUUAAUCUCAA